AUGGCGACGGAGCAGGACCCCGAGGGGCAGGCAGCGGCACGGCCGCUGCUGACAGACCUCUACCAGGUGACCAUGGCGCUGGGCUACUGGCGCGCGGGCCGAGCGCGGGAACCCGCCGACUUCGAGCUCUUCUUCCGCCGCUGCCCGUUCGGCGGCGCCUUCGUGCUGGCCGCGGGGCUGCGGGACUGCGUGCGCUUCCUGCGCGCCUUCCGCCUGCGGGACGCAGAUGUGCAGUUCCUGGCCUCCGUGCUGCCCCCAGACACGGAGCCUGCCUUCUUUGAGCAUCUUCGGGCCAUCGACUGCUCCGGGGUGACUGUGCGGGCCCUGCCUGAGGGCUCGCUCGCCUUCCCUGGAGUGCCACUGCUGCAGGUGACCGGCCCUCUCCUGGUGGUGCAGCUGCUUGAGACGCCGCUUCUCUGCCUGUUCAGCUAUGCCAGCCUCAUAGCCACCAAUGCUGCGCGGCUCCGCCUGAUCGCUGGUCCUGGGAAGCGGCUGCUGGAGAUGGGACUGCGGCGUGCCCAGGGGCCUGAUGGGGGCCUGUCAGCGUCCACUUACAGCUACCUGGGAGGCUUCGACGGCACCAGCAACGUGCUGGCCGGGCAGCUCCGAGGCGUGCCGGUGGCCGGAACCCUGGCACAUUCCUUCAUCACGUCCUUCUCAGGCACAGAGGUGCCCCCAGACCCGAUGUUGGCUCCGGCCAGCGGCCACGGCCCCAGAGUGGAUCUGGCCACACACGUGGAGAUGUGGCUGGAGCGUGUGUGUGUCCAGCUGGGCCUGGGGGUGCAGGAACCACACAGAGGGGAGCGGGCAGCCUUUGUGGCCUAUGCGCUGGCCUUCCCUCGGGCCUUCCAGGGCCUGCUGGAUACCUACAGUGUGCGGAGGAGCGGCCUCCCCAACUUCCUGGCUGUGGCCCUGGCCCUGGGCGAGCUGGGCUACCGGGCAGUGGGCGUGAGGCUGGACAGUGGCGACCUGCUUCUGCAGGCCCAGGAGAUUCGCGGGGUCUUCCGGACCCUCGCAGCCUGGUUCCAGGUGCCCUGGCUGGAGUCGGUCCCCAUUGCUGUCAGCAACAACAUUAACGAGGAGGAGCUGGCCCGCCUGGCCCAGGAGGGCAGUGAGGUCAAUGUCAUUGGGAUCGGCACCAGCGUGGUCACCUGCCCUCUGCAACCUUCCCUGGGCUGUGUCUACAAGCUUGUGUCCGUGGCCGGCCAGCCUCGCAUGAAGCUGACUGAGGACCCCGAGAAGCAGACACUCCCCGGGUGCAAGGCUGCCUUCCGCCUCCUGGACUCCAGCGGGGCCCCGCUGCUGGACUUGCUGCAGCUAGCAGAAGAGCCGGCACCCCAGGCUGGCCAGGAGCUGAGGGUCUGGCCUCGAGGGGCCCAGGAGGCCCGCACUGUGCGGCCAGCCCACGUGGAGCCACUGCUGCGGGUGUGGGUCCAGCAGGGACAGCUGCGUGAGCCCCUCCCACCCCUGGCCGAGUCCAGAGCCUUCGCCCAGCGCUGCCUGGGCCAGCUGCGCCCGGAGCACCUGCGGCUGCAGCAGCCGGAGGAGUACCAGGUGGCGCUGUCCGAAAAGCUGCGGGCCCUGGUGGACAGGCUGCGCUCGGGAGCCCUUGUGUGAAGCCCGCCGGUGGGCCCGUGGAAAUAACACAAGCCCC